GGCAAAAACAAGAUUACGGAAAGAGUGGCGAGAAAGAGAGAGAGUGACGUACUCCUGUAUCAGCAAGACGAGUGGGGAUCUAAACCAGCUUAAACUCUUUUAUAUAUAUAUCACACAGUGUUUAUCUUACAGAGUAAACAAGAGCGGUUUUGUAAAGACCACACAUCACUAUGAGUUGAAAUGUGCGAAAGCUGGACUCAAAAAAAAACAUACUGACCUUUCAACGCUUCACUUUUUAAAGAUAAUCUGAAAAGAACUGGUGACACACUUUUGCUUCUGGCUACUCCUACUCCUAAAAUAGGACCACCAACCAUUAUUUUCUCCAUCUGGAACAGGUCAUGGCAGAUUCCUGUUCAGACACUGUCGAUGGUGAGAUUUUAGAGGGACGGCAGUUAAACGCGACCAAAAAGGAGGACUUUGACCCCGCUAAACCGCAGGACAAAGAAAUCAGCCAAAAAGAGGAUGUCUCAGAAGUUGUGGUUUCCAUUGAGCAAUCCUCUAGUAGUGUCCCACACCUUAUGAAAGAUGACAUCGCACCCAGCAAAGAUCCUCCCACAACCAGAUCUUCCCUUGAAGAUGAUGCUAAAGCAACUCAGUCCAACUCUGUGACCAGCAAAAGCCAAGACAAAACAGAUGAUUCUGAGAUCAUCAAUAGCCAAUCCUAUACGGCCAGUCAGUCGGAGGUGACGCCCACUUUCUCCAUGGCCAGUCUGGAAUUCUCAGAGGAGACACCACCUAUGAUUUCAACUAAAUCUGCUCAGGAUGUCGACUAUCAGUCACCUGACAAAGUCCCCUCUCAAGGGAAUGAAGGAGCCAGUGCUGGGGCUUCUAGGGUCGUUGCAUCAGAGCCGACCAUGCCGGCGUAUUACUUUGUUAAGUGGAUUACCUGGAAGGAGAAGAAGACGGCCAUCAUCACACAGAGCGAGAAUGGACCCUGCCCAUUGAUAGCUAUUAUGAACAUACUGUUGCUGCGGUGGAAGGUGAAGUUGCCGGCUCAAACUGAAGUGGUCACCACAGAAGAGUUGAUGGCUCAUCUCGGUGAAUGUGUGCUGUCCAUCAAACCACGUGAGAAAGCAGAGGGGAUGGAACUAAAUUUUCAGCAGAAUAUGAGCGACGCGAUGGCUGUGCUGCCAAAACUGUCGACGGGCCUCGACGUUAACGUGCGAUUUACGGGCGUAUCUGAUUUCGAGUACACGCCCGAAUGCAUCGUCUUUGAUCUGCUCGACAUUCCUCUUUACCACGGCUGGCUUGUAGACCCACAGAGUCCUGAAACGGUGAAUGCCGUGGGAAAACUCAGCUACAACCAACUGGUUGAAAAAAUUAUAGAGUUCAAGCACUCGACAGACAGCAGUCAAGUCAGUGAAGGUUUGAUAGCAGAGCAGUUUCUGGAGUCCACAGCAACCCAGCUGUCAUAUCACGGCCUGUGUGAGGUGAACACAACGGCUAAAGAGGGCGAGCUCUCUGUGUUCUUCAGGAACAACCACUUCAGCACAAUGAUAAAGCACAAGGGUUACCUUUAUCUGCUGGUCACAGAUCAGGGUUUCCUGCAGGAGGAGAAUGUGGUGUGGGAGAGUCUUCAUAAUGUUGAGGGCGAUGGGAAUUUCUGCGAUUCAGAAUUCAGGCUGUGCCACCCGUCUCAGAAACCUACAGCCGCCAGCCGACCCAACGUACAGCAACAGGCGCAAAUGCAGAUCGAUCAGGACUAUCUGGUGGCGAUGUCUUUACAGCAGGAGCAAGGUGAAGCUCCUGGACCCUUAAGUGACCUGGAGCUGGCCAGACAACUUCAGCAGGAGGAGUAUGAGCAACCCCAGACACAACAGCAGCCCUCAGCGGGACAGGCGAGAGGUCAGGCCACAGCCCAGCCCGAAAGACAGAGGCGGCGAGAAAAGAAGGAAGAUUCAGAUUGUUGUAUUCUUUAAAUGAUAGUCUGACCACAACAAUAACCAGACUGUUUAAAAGCAGAUCAGCUUCAGUUAACAUCUUUUUUUCUGUACCAGUGUUGAAACAAGGGACUCUGUCAACCUAAUGCCAAGCCUGCCUUUAUAGUAGUCAUCCUCUUUAUUUUCUGUUAGUCUCGUAGUUAAAACUGUUGCUUAUUAUUAUCUGCUGGACCAAAUAAAGGUAGCAAUUGUUUUAAGAAUUUCUUCAAGCACCCGGAAGGAAUUUCUAACCGCGGCAGGAUAAAGUGUUCAUUUGAAGGACUGUAAUGGUAAAUAAUCAGGUAUUGUUAUACGACUUUAAUAUUACACUGAACUACUACUGUCUGAAGUUGAUCUGUACAUAAUUGCAUCCAAAGUUAUGUAUCGUACACUAAGUACACCAAACUCUGCUCAGCGAACUGUCCCUUACGCUGAGCUAAUAAAAGCUACAUCUGUGUUAAAAGGAAA